CGCGGAAUACAAUUUACUUCACUGCGAAGCAAUUCUUCCAUGGCUACGUUCAACCCAAAUUUUUUGAACGAAAAGCCUCCUCCUAAUUAUGUUGCAGGCAUUGGCCGUGGAGCUACAGGAUUCACAACAAGAUCAGAUUUAGGACCAGCUCAAGAGGCUCUUCCCUCUGCUGACGAUAUAAAAAAUGCAAUUGAGAAGCGGCGAAAUGCACCAGAAGAAGCAGACGACGUAGACCCACGUUACCAAGAUCCAGACAAUGAAGUAGCCCUGUUUGCGACAGCUCCAUAUGAUAAAGAAGAUGAAGAGGCUGACCGCAUCUAUUCCGCUGUUGAGGAGAAUUUAGCAAUGCGACGAAAACAUCAACGUGAGCGUCAAGAACAAUUACAACGGGAAGAGUACGAAAGGAAACAUCCCAAAGUCUCUCAGCAAUUUGCUGACCUGAAACGUGGUCUGUCGCUACUUACUGAUGAAGAUUGGGCCAACAUUCCAGAAGUUGGAGACUUAACACGCAAGCGGAGGAAAAAAGAACCACGCCGUGAGCGUUUUUAUGCCACUUCGGAUUUCGUUUUGGCAAGUGCGCGGCAGGAAGGUCAAUUAGACUCAACGAUCGAUGUGAAUGAGGGGGAUGGAACAUCAACCCCGGCAGGCACGAAAACCAACUUCGUUGAAAUUGGCGCUGCCCGUGAUAAGGUACUGGGUAUUAAAUUAGCACAAGCGUCUUCCUCUCUAACAUCUCCAUCUACUGUCGAUCCUAAAGGCUAUUUAACGAGUCUGGACAGUAUGAUACCCCAAAGCGGUACCGAUCUCGGAGACAUUAAAAAGGCACGAACGCUCCUCAAAAGUGUAAUUGAAACAAAUCCUAAGCAUGCCUCUGGCUGGGUUGCUGCCGCCAGAUUAGAGGAGGUUGCGAACAAACCAUCGCAAGCACGCGCCCUCAUUUUGACGGGAUGUAAAAACUGCCCUAAAUCUGAAGACGUAUGGCUUGAGGCCAUUCGACUUCAUCCUCCUCAGGAAUCGAGAAUUAUCGUUACGGAUGCAGUCAGAAACUUACCGAAUUCAAUUGCUCUUUGGCUGCAGGCGGCCAAAUUGGAAAAUCAGGUAACGACCAAAAAACGUAUCCUAAAAAAGGCUUUGGAAGUGAAUUCCACUUCGGUCCGAUUGUGGAAAGAGGCCGUGAAUUUGGAGGAAGAUCCAGAAAGUGCUCGGGUCUUACUAGCGAGAGCAGUAGAACUGAUACCUAUGUCGGUUGACCUGUGGCUUGCCUUGGCGCGUCUCGAAACUUACGAGAAUGCAAAGAAGGUUCUUAACAAGGCACGGAAAACUAUUCGUACCUCCUACGAAAUUUGGAUUGCGGCUGCUCGUUUGGAAGAACAGCAGACCAACGUUGAGCGGGUCGAAAAAAUCAUGGCUCGCGGUAUUAGUGAAUUACAACAGACGGGUGGUAUGUUGCAAAGAAACCAGUGGCUGCAGGAAGCAGAGAAAUGCGAAUCUGAGGGAGCUAUUUUCACAGCGCAGGCCAUCAUCAAUACAUGUUUAGCUAUCGAUCUGGAUGAGGAGGAUCAAUAUGAAACAUGGAUGGAUGAUGCACAGUCCAUGCUUUCCCGAAAAGCUAUAGGGUGUGCACGCGCUGUGUUUGCAUAUGCCAUUCGGGUGUAUCCGGAUGAUGAAUCUUUGCGGUUACGCGCUGUCGAAAUGGAGUCCGUUUACGGUGACUACAAUACUGUGUGUGAUCUUCUUGAAAAAGCGGUUACUUUUUGUUCAAAAUCAGAGUCUUUGUGGCUCAUUUACGCCAAAAAACGGAAGGAUCAUGGUGAUGUUGAUGGGGCUCGUAAUGUUCUCGGCCGUGCAUUUGAACAAAACCCCAACAGUGAAGAGAUUUGGCUUGCAGCAGUCAAGCUUGAGUUCAUUAAUCAUGAGGAUGAACGUGCCCGGAAACUGCUGGCUCGAGCUCGCAUAGAAGCAGGAACACAACGUGUAUGGACAAAGUCAAUCUCUAUGGAACGUGUAUUGGGACAUCUUGAUAGUGCGUUUCAGCUCACUGAAGAGGCGCUUAAGCUGUUUCAGAAUCACGACAAGCUUUGGAUGAUGAAGGGUCAAAUGCUUGAAAGUCAACAAAAGGUUGAGGAAACUCGACAAACGUAUGCUGAAGCAGUUAAACACUGUCCUAAUUCAGUGAAUCUCUGGAUUCUGUUCAUUCAGUUUGAACGGAGAAAUACAUCAAUUGUUCGUGCUCGUGUGAUUCUUGAUCGUGCUCGUGUAAAGAACCCAAAGAACGAGUUGUUGUGGUUUGAGGCAAUCAAUAUGGAAGAAAGUGCCGGAAACAUGCCUCAGGUAAAAGCUGCACUGGCAAAAGCACUUCAAGAGUGUCCUUCUUCUGGUCUUCUAUGGUCGAAAGCUAUUUGGUUGGAACCAAGAGCACAGCGUAAAACACGAGCAACUGAUGCCUUGCGAAAAUGUGAGCAUAACGCUUUUUUGUUAUGCACUGUUGCCCGGAUUUUUUGGAUCGAAAGAAAAUUGGACAAGGCUCGCAACUGGUUUUUUAAAGCAAUUAAAGCCGACCAAGACAAUGGCGAUGUUUGGGCCUGGUUCUACAAAUUUAGUUUGGAAGUUGGUACUAAGGAGAACCAGGAGGAAGUCUUGACUAACUGCACGACAGCAGAUCCUCGUCAUGGUUAUUACUGGCCAAAAAUUACCAAGGAUAUCGGAAAUGCGAGGAAACCCAUUCGUGAACUUUUGACCAUAGCAGCUGAGUCGCUCUCACAAAAUGAAUAAAGAGUAACUGUCAAGUCAUCAUUGACGGCUUACGCUACUAUCAAUCUUUGUAGUUUCUUCAUGAUUUAAUGAACAUCUUAUAAAAAAAAUUACAAAUUUUAUUCGCAUUUCUGCUUUCCCUUAAUGUCUGUUAAAGUUACAACAAGCGUAGAACUAAUGCUAACUGUAGUUCCUAACCAAA